AUGGCGCUACGACAGGCAUCGCUGUUGCGCCCGCGCCUUGUUCUGCGCCACAUCAACAGCCUUGCGCUUAGACAAGGGCCUUAUUUUCACUCCAUCGCAACUCGCAGCCAACAGAGCCAGGCGGCAAAGACGAGGUCCGAGGCCCAGGCCACGCCGACGGUGCCCUUCAUCAUCAACGGCAGCGACUACUAUGCCGACAAGGUCUUUGACGUCGUGUCUCCCGUCACGGGCGAGGUGACGCACCGAUGCGGAUCAGCCUCUGUCGCAGACGCAGACGCCGCCGUCGAUGCUGCAGCCGAGGCCUUCAAGACGUGGAGAAGGACGACGCCUUCGCAUCGGCGGGACAUCUUCCUCAAGGCUGCCGACCUCUUCCAGAAAAGGGGCGAGGAACUGGCCCAGAUUAUGAUGAGUGAGACGGGGGCUGCCGCGCCGUGGGCUCUUUUCAACAUCAACACAUCGGCCGACCUCAUCAGAGAUGCCGCUGGGCGCAUCUCCUCCAUAGAAGGCUCGUUCCCUACGCUGAUGGAUCCUGACACAAGCGGAAUCGUUCUUCGAGAGCCUUAUGGCGUCGUGUUGUCUGUAGCUCCUUGGAAUGCUACUUACAUCUUGCCCGCCCGUUCCAUGGUCGGCCCUGUUGCCGCAGGAAACACAGCCAUCCUGAAGGCUUCAGAACUUGCGCCCCAGACCAUGCGGGCUCUGAUAUCCAUCUUUCACGAGGCCGGUCUGCCCAAGGGCGUCAUGAACAUGAUUGCCCACGACCGGGACAGCGCAGCGGAGAUUACAGCAGCCCUGAUUGCCAACCCCCUCGUAAGGAAAGUCAACUUCACGGGCAGCACAAACGUUGGAAAGGCCAUUGGGAAACUCGCCGGUGAGCACCUCAAGCCAGUCCUCCUCGAACUUGGCGGCAAAGCGCCGGCCAUUGUGUGGGACGACGCGGACCUGGAUCUUGCCGCCAAGAAAUGCGCGUUCGGCGCCCUCUUCCACGGCGGCCAGACUUGCAUGGCCACGGAGAGAAUCAUUGUCCACAAAAACAUAAAGGCCCAGUUCCAAGAGAAGCUAACGGCCGCUGUCAACGAGCUCUACCCUUCCAACGGUCCCGGCGCCAUUCUCAUCAACCAAGUGGCCGUCAAGCGCAACAAGGCUCUCGUCCAAGACGCCGCUUCCAAGGGCGCGACGGUCUUGUUCGGAGACGCCAGCGCCAACGAGGCGCGCAAGACCGAAAUGCGACCUGUCCUUCUCGACAACGUGACGCCCGCCAUGGACAUUUACAAGACUGAGUCGUUUGGCCCGACAAUUGCCCUUUACGAGGUCGAGACGGAAGAGCAGGCCCUGCAGCUGGCCAACGACACAGAGUAUGGCCUUACGUCGGCCGUCUUCACCGAGGAUCUCAAGAGGGGCCUUCGCUUCGCAAGGGGGAUCGAGUCUGGGGCCGUUCACAUCAACGACAUGACUGUUCAUGACGAAGCAGUUCUGCCCCAUGGAGGAACCAAAUCUAGUGGGUUUGGGCGCUUCAACGCAACGGCUGGGCUCGAGGAGUGGGUGAGGACAAAGACUAUUACGUUCAAGAACUAG